CUAAACACUACAUGGAUGGUAACACUGGCGGUAGGGCCGCCAGCGGAGGCGCCAUGUCGUCACCCUACCGGGGAGUUAGGAAGCGGAGGUGGGGCAAAUGGGUGUCGGAGAUUCGCGAGCCGGGAAAGAAAACGAGAAUUUGGUUAGGGAGUUUCAACACGGCCGAAAUGGCAGCAGUGGCUUACGAUGCAGCUGCAUUACACUUGAGGGGACCUUUGGCUCGACUGAAUUUCCCGAGUCGAGCACACGCCCUCCCGAGGCCAGCCAGCUCAAGCCCCGAGGAUAUCCGUUUGGCAGCUCACGAAGCCGCUUCUCAACUUGAGCAGUCCAUGGGAGAUACUCAGGGGGCAUCGGGCUCUGGUAUGAGUAACAUUCCUCCUGUCACAAUUGGACUGUCACAGAGCCAAAUUCAAGCCCUAAAUGACAUUCCACUUGGUUCACCAAAGAUUUGGGACCGUAUGACAAAUGAGUCUAUGUUUUUUAGUAAUGACUAUGAGAUGAUGAGUGACAAUGAAGACCAAGUAGAUGAUUCUCUUUGGGAUCCCUAGCUAGAGCAAGAAUAAGAGCUAUUGAAUGCACACCAAAUUUAGUGAUGGCCAAAAAGAAAAUUUAUUUUUGGUCACCACCACUAACAC